GUGUGAUGUGGCUGUGGGACCUGUGGGGAGUGCUGUGGGCUGUGGAAGCUGUGGCGCGGCUGGCGGCGGGCUCUCCGCUCGAACCUUCGAACACUCCGCAAGGAGUGUCUCUGACGCCGUUAAUCCGUCACUGGCAGGAGGCCGCGUACGCGCCACUGGGCGGCCGCAGACGUCGCUCGCUACCCCCCGAACCGCCGCCUCCCCCCCAGCUUCGACUCUCCUUCAAGGCGCAUGACAGGGAGUUUAAGCUAGUGCUGCGGCCAGAUCCAAGCUCCGUGUUCGCAGACGGCGUGCAGUUCCACUCGUCGUCGGGCCAGCUGGACUACAACACCGCCCAGGUCUACUCCGGACACCUCGAAGACGACGAGGUUUCUCAUGUCUACGGUGUGAUCACAGCUGAAGGUCUUUUCGACGGCACGAUAUGGACGCCGACAGAGGAGUACUACAUCGAGCCCCUCUCGCGCUAUGACGUCAAACAUCCCUCCAUGCACAGCGUCAUCUACCGCCGUUCCGACGUGGAAAACCCUCAAGAUAACGGAGAUACUCCUUGCGCCUCACAUCUCCUCCACCUCAAACGAACCCUAGGCUCCAAAGGAGAACUAUUCAAUUUUAACCAAAAUCAAACCGUAGAAGAAAUAUCUAUACAUAACAACACAGAAGAUUUAUCGAAAGAAAUAAACAGAAGAAAGAAAAGAUGGCUUCCUGAAGACCAAAUGCAAGACGACGAGCCCAAGAAAAAUCCUGAGCUGCCAUUAGAUUUAGACGUCCCGUAUACGAACAAUAAUGAUCCGUUUGACAAGUUCAGUACUAGAAAGCCGAAAACGAAAAUCGAUAAAAGCAAUCUUAUUACGAAAGUGAGAUUGGAUUCCGAGGAAUCACGACCGAAGCCAAAGACCCAUGUGGAAGUGAUUAAGACUAAAGCUGGAGUGGUGACUGUAAGCAAAGACAUUGUUAAGAAGGAACCUGUGGGCUACACUAUUCUAACGGCAAAUGGAACAGACGACGGAAGACACGUGAAUAAAAGAGCAACAGUCGACCCAAGGAAGACUACGUGUCUUGUGUAUUUGCAGGCUGAUCACAUGUUUUACCAGAGAUACGGGUCCGAAGAGGCGUGCAUUGAAGUCAUGACACGACAUGUGCAGAAAGUUAAUGCUAUUUAUAAAGUUACAGACUUCAAUCAAGACGGCAAGGCGGACAACAUAACGUUCAUGAUCAAGCGCAUAAAAGUGCAUACGCUGGAUGCGCUAAAGGAUCCUGCCUACAGGUUUCCAAACAACUAUGGCGUUGAGAAGUACUUGGAGCUUUUCUCAGAGGAGGAUUACGACGCGUUCUGCCUUGCGUACAUGUUCACGUACCGCGACUUCGAGAUGGGUACCCUGGGCCUCGCUUGGACCGGUGACCUUAAGAAUGCAGGUGGCGUUUGUGAGAAGAACGGGCACUACCGAGGCAGCAUGAAGUCUCUGAACACAGGUAUAGUGACCCUGCUCAACUAUGGCAAGCACGUCCCGCCAGCUGUGUCCCACGUCACAUUGGCGCAUGAGAUCGGACAUAAUUUCGGCUCGCCGCACGACCCCGAAGUGUGCACACCGUUCGGCGAGGACGGUAAUUACAUUAUGUUCGCGCGCGCCACUAGCGGCGACAGAAAGAAUAACAACAAGUUUUCCCCGUGUUCCUUGCGAGCCAUCGACCCUGUCCUCAACAACAAAGCUCGGUCCUCGAAGGGAUGCUUCACGGAGCCCCAACCCGCGAUCUGCGGCAACGGCGUCGUGGAGGAAGGCGAGGAGUGCGACUGCGGCUGGGCAGCGGAGUGUACCGACGUGUGCUGCCGCCCGCAGGCCGCCAGACCACAUUACAAGCCCUGCACUCUCACGGAGCACAGUGUCUGCAGUCCUAGUCAAGUUGCCAGCACCCGCUUCCUGGGCCGCCACGGCAAGAAACUUAAGUCGGUGACCAUCAUCCACUCGUCCACAACCGAAACCGUCCGCCUGCCCGACGCCGCAGACCAGGGCCUCAUAGUCCACACGGCUGUUAGGUCGAAACUGCCCCUGAAGAAGAAAGUAGCGCUAAGAACACGAGCGUAUCGCGGCAAGAAAGAACACAAAAACAAACAGGGAGACAAAGCGUCUCCUUCUCAUAGUGCCAAUAAAAAGAGGAAGCCAAGUAACCCGCCAAAGCCUGAAGAACCCCAAAAAGUAACAAAAGAAACCGCAGCAGUCGUAACAAACGCAGAAGGAAAAUCUCCAAAACACGUCAUUCUAUCUAAACAUAAAGGUAAAGUGAAGAAGCGGACUAAAACGAAAGUCAAAAAGGAAACCAUCGACUACAGCUCCAUGCAAAAACAUCCUUCUUCACCAACUAAGGACACUGAAGCAUUAACCAAGGUCCAAAAAUGGUUGUUAAGCACACCACAACCAACAAUCAUACCUAAGUCUAAAUCGAUACCUCUCGGCCUUACAGAGAGAACUCACUCUAGACAGGUCCCCAAGAGCACGAGAAAAACAAGACCGUCCAAGAGCGCAACCAACCUCCUAUCAGGAGAAAAGACCAGACUACAAGUUGUGUUCAAACCUCCCUUCAGAUUCAGUGUCAAAAUCUGCAAGAGCGAUAAAACCAAAGUCGUUCUCGACAAAUCUUCUAAGCCUGACGUUGAAAGAAAACGCCUCGAUGUUAUCCCACAACAUACUUCCGCUGCUGUAGUUAAACCCAUUCCUGCCAGUAGUAAAGCACCUAAACAUUCAAAUUCCACUAGAAGUAAUGUAGAAAACUCCAAUCCAAGUCCUCCAAAAGUCGAAAAGUUGCAAACUCAGGAAGUUGGAGAUCACGGCUACGCCAAUUUACUGCCUCGAAGCGCAAGUGAUUGCAAAGUGGGUAAGAUGCCCGAAGUCAAAGUUAAAGGUGGCCAUAAAAAGAGUAACUCUAUUGGCCACAAAAAAGACACAACAGAGAGUAGACAAAACCUCAUAGUGCCAGACGAUUUAGAUAAUGCGCAUGUGUAUGAAAAUGUCCUCCUUACACACGAACCAUUCGUGCCUAAGAGCUGCAGCAUGCCGCGCCGUCAGACCAGCGUGGGCAUCUCGCGUCAAAGCAGCUACGGGCACCUGCCGAGAGCGCAAAUCCGCCCCCACAGGCACAGUACAAACAACGUCUCUAGGUCCAGAAACAACAGCACCACAGAUUUGGAGCACUUUUACAACGUUAUCGAAACAUUGAAAAAAGACACCGGGAACGCCAACACUUGCAACACUAACACCAGUAGCUCAUCAGGCAGCAGUCGCCCGGAGACUGGUUUACUAAAAGGCAGCUCGACCAGGCAAGGCAACAGAACGUCGCGACAGAACAGUCUAGUCGACAAGCCGUCGCGCUCGAGUCCUAUUGGGGCGUCAAAAUCGAAACUUCGAAGGCAGAUGAGCGAAGCGGAGUUGGGGAAGUGUGCUGCGGACAUGAGGGGCUUCCAGCUCGUGGUAGGGAAGGACAAGUUGAAAAGGCAGUUGAGCAAUAAUGAGUUGUGUAGGUCUCGCGUACAGCUGGCGAUGCCGAUGUCGGCGGGCGCGGAGCCGCGGCAGGCGUUCUGCUGGAACAAGCGCGCCAGCCUCGACUGCGAGGCGUCUCUCCCAACGCCGCGCGUCUCUUCCCGAGCAGGCAAACGCACCACAUACACUUUCGGAGAGCUGAAACACGCUGUGCCCAAUGCCACGGACGCGCCCGCCGCCGACGACGUCCACGUCUCCCCGGAAGAGUUUCUAAAAAUAAUCGACAAUUAACACUUGUACGUUCCACGUGAUUCUUGUGGUAGCUACUUCUGUAUUAAUAAAAUAAUCAAUGUGUAUAAUAGGAUACUCGCGAGACCGUCGCCUGCCGGUGUAAAUAUUGUAAUUUGCUUUUAAUAUUAGGACUAACGUUGCCACUGAAACAGGCCAUUGCUCAGUUACUUGCAAAUUAACACUUCGAUAAUUACAUAAUUUAAUUAAUCGAUAAGUACAGAAAAAUAAUAUGCUGCAAUACACGGUUAAUUUUGUAUUAAAAGUACAUAAAGACAGUACAUAAAUGUAAGACAUUUAUCAAUACCUAAGUAUGUUUAGGUACUCUAUUGAUUUAUAUAAUAAUAUCGAAGAAGGCUAACAAUGGUCUAGUUUCACUGAUCGAUCUCUAUAAAUGAAUCUCUAUUUUUUCUACAUGCUAUGUAUUGUACAAAUUACUCAUAUCCAUUUGAAGUGUUCAUGUAAGAUGAUUAUUUUAAUGCCUUCAAGUGUUUAUAUUUGUCUUUAUUCCGUAUCUAGUUCGUUUAUGAUUUGAGUUUAGCUUGUUUAUGUUGAAUAGCUGUCAAUUAACAAGUCAAUCUGUUUUAUCUUAAUAGAUGUUUAAAAAUAACACCACACCAAACUACUGACGAUAAAAAUAUUGUAAAUAUUUUAAUGUAGUUUUAAGAUUAACAUAGGAUUCCUCAGCUCCGUAAAUAAGUCUAAAAAUUUCAUAUUCCGUAAAUAGGACUACGAAGAAUAAUUAUUUUAGCAAAUAUCUCAGAAGUAUUUUAAGUAACUUACCUGGGUUCAUUUUGUGGUUGUGAAUUGUUUUUAAUUCACAGUUAUCAUUGAAACGGAAUCCUAUGAAUAUAAAAAAUAAUAACCAUUUUAAAAACAAUAAUUUAUAUGAAGCAAAAGUAAACUGUCGUAAGCUAUCGUAAGAAUAUUAUUUUUCUAUAAAACAUUGGAUAACACGAACUAACAGGCGUUAAUAAAAUUUAUCAUAAUGUAACUAUUAAGAGAACUCAUGGCUGUUGUAAUCUCACUUUUUUUACAAAU